AUGUUAGCUUCACUACCAGGAGUCGCCUUGGGCCUCUCUCUGUACCCUCUCGGUGUCUUGUCGCAAGAAGCGUCGUGCUAUGCACCGGACGGCACCCUCGCCGACAAUGAGACGUACGUCCCGUGCAACAAGCUCGGUAUCAACCAGGCUGGAGUAUUCUCCAGCUGCUGUGCUCUGGAUGGACCACCCGAACAACGAGAUAUCUGCUCUUCUUCCGGUAUAUGUAUCAACCGCCAACAGCAGCCACAACGGGGUUUCUGCACGGACAAGGCGUGGAAAAGCAAGGCUUGCAACCAUGUCUGCACUGAUAUUCAGACCGGUGGAAAUCCGAGCAACAUCAGCUUCAUGACUGCUUGCAACGACGGCACUGGCAAGUACUGCUGUGGUCAAUCAAACACCACGUGCUGUGGUACCAGUGAAGCCUUCGCAAUCGCAACUCAGGAGGCUGUAUGCACAGCGAAUACAACAAACACCGACGGAACCACAGAAACCGGGUCCGGAUUCAAAGGCGCCACCAUUGGCCUCGCGGUCGUCACUGGCAUUUCCCUUGUGGCCGGCUUGCUAUCGACCUUUUGGCUCUGGAACCAGAACAAGAAGCUCAAGAACGAACUCGCCGAGAAGGCAGAAGCCCCGAGCCAACCGAUGGAGCCGCAGUACACCGGCGCGACGAGCUCAUACGCAGGAACCUCACCACCGCAGGGCUACAAGCCUCCGUACAGCAUAUCGCCACCGCCGACCAUGUCACCGGGCUCAGAGUAUCAUCAAGGCAACAUCCAUCGAUACUCGGAAUUGGAUGCGUCAACAGCUGUGGCGAGGAGUGAGAUGGGGUCGCCUUCGCCUUACGAUCAGCAGCAGCAUCAGCAGGGGCGGGACUCGCCAGCGCCUAGUCACUCACAUGGACAUGGGCACCGGCAUGAGAGUUUUGGAAGCCCGAUGCACUCGCCGAAUCUGCCGCAAUCAUAA